GACGAGUGGCACAACUUGAUAACCCUUUCGUCUUUCAACCCUUCUUUCCUCCUUCUUCCUGUUUUUCUUCCUGCUCUCCACAUGCACCAUCUCUCCUCAUCAGCCGUGAACCUCACCUCUCCUCUUCUCCUCUUCCUAACUUGGUCAUGUUCUUCAUCCUGCAGCCCGUCGCUGGGAGCUUUAAACAGCAUCAAUCACACGCCGCUCUGCACAUUACUCUGUUUCUAUUUCAGACGGCGCUCGGACAUGGCUGCAUGCAGGAGCUACUUGCGUGGACUCUCCAUUUGUGUCACGGUGCUGCUGCUGGUCUCUGGCGUGGUGUUGAUUGGAGUUGGGUUUUCCACCAUCGAUGGAAACAUACCAGUAUCAGAGUUGUUUGAGCAGUUAUCCACCAGUGACGGUUUACUGGUGCUGCAGGUGUUUGGACCAAUCACAGUGGUUCUGGCUGUUUUAGGCAUCUGUGCUGCUGCUGCAGACUACAAACCACUGCUGCUGGUGUUUUCUGCUCUCAUCUUCAUAGAGUUUGUGGCUGUGAUGGUUUUGGCUUCACCGCUGGUUCAAGUUCAAAGUCAGUUGGACAGUGCGGUGGAUGAGGUGUUUCUGAAGGCCACGCCCCUCCAUGCUGCUGACGAUUACAUCCAGAGCGAACUAAAGAAACUCCAGGCCUCGGACUCCUGUUGUGGUUUGAGAAGCUUUGAGGACUGGGGGAAUCCGCUUCCCGUCUCGUGUUUGUGCACACCUGACCGUGAUUGGAGCUCCCAUCCUGCCAACUCCAGUUUGGAUGAGUCUUGUGUCAUGAUGGACGCCGACCUUUCCCCGCCACUCCCACACACCUCAGAUGCAUUGUGGGUGCAUGCAAAACCCUGCGGAGCCGUCCUGAAGAGCCAUCUCUCGUUUCCCAUCAAGCUCAGAAUCGGAAUCAUUUCUGCUUUUGCUACAAUUACGAUAACUGCCAUUAUUCUGUGUCUAAGUCUGGGUCUGGAAAACUACUGGAAGAAGCCGGCGGUAGAGAUGACAAUCGACGACUUCAACCGAGUGAAAUACCAACCCAAACCCUCCCUUACCUGACCUCUGACCCCGCAGCCCCAGACACUCAGCAGUCCUGCUUUCAGAGAAGGCUUCUCCCCAAAGUCCUCCUCCAACUACACCCAAGGUCAUCAGAGGCCUCUGACGAGAGAACAGUCGAUGCGGAAGCUCGUCCAUGAAAUCAUCGUCCAGCUGGGGGAAACUUUGUGAGAAGCAUUGCUUGUUCUGUUGUUUUUCUAUCACCGGGCACUAGAUGGCAUUAAAGAUGGGUUUGAGUGUUCCUCCUCCUUCUUCUGUCACUUUAAAUGUUCUUUUCACGGCAGCUUCCACUGACACUUCUGCUUUUCUUUUGUCUUCAUCUCUAAGUGACCUCAGCUAGGAGCCUCCGCUUCGGUCCAUCUCCUUUCCAUAACCGCUCUUGUGGUUUCUUCCAUCUAUGUGGACAUUUCCUCUUGAACUUCCCAAACCUUCCUUGAGUUUUGUAAUAGAAAAGUUGACAGACUCUCUGUGAGAAAAUGGAAAGUCAGUGUUUGUGUGGGAAUAGAAAACAGUGGUGUGAGGUAACAAGGCCGUCGAUGAAGACUCUGACAGAGAAAGUCCUCAGUUUCCCCUAAAACGGCUGGAUCUUCAGGUGGUUGGCAUUUGGCACAUGGAAACGUCUGUUGUGUCACCUGCCGAAACCAAAAGUUCAACCUGACAUGUUUGAGGUUGCAAAGCAAAGUUGCUGACGGUGAGAUCAGGGUUAUUUCUUUGAAGUUCCUGAGAGCUCUCUCUUCUUCUGGCAUUGGUUUUCACACAGAAGCGUUGCGUGUGAGUUUCUGAAUCACACGAUCUCUGCCGACAGUUUGCAGACAUGCAACACCUUUUCUACACAAAAGAAAACAGCAAAGGAUGAAAUACAAAACAAUACUGGAUUUCCAUUUGACUUUAUCUUGAAAACAACAGAAAUGCUGUUCCUCUGACGGUCUGCUGCCUGGUUCCAGAGUGUUCCAGGCUGAUCCAUUGCUAUUUGAUUUAUUCCUGCACGAUGCAUCAACUCACUAUCACCGGAAAGCGACAGUCUGAGGUUACAGACAGCAGGAAACCAACAACAAAACAAAAAAACUAAACUCAAGAUUUGUUCCAAUUUUAGAGAAAAUCCUUAAAGAAAACCUCAACCUGUGUUUCCUGUGUUUAUAUGAUAAUCUUUGUGUUUGACCAAAAGAUUUUAUAGAAAAAUUAUCAGGACAAAAUCCUGUAUUGAGCUUAAAAGGCCUACAUCAUUCAAAAUAAAAAAUGUUGUGCUUUUAAUUGUAUUAUGUUUAUUAUUCUUAAAAAAACAUCUCGACCCGUUUGCAACGGUCACAACUUUUCAUUGGAGGUGGUUUCUUGAACCACGGGCGUCGUGACCGUAGCAUGAGACACAAAAAACAACCGAUACAAGUUAAGCUGCAACAAUGACAGCACAUGUAGGAAGUGCUGCAGAGGAAACACACCCAGAAACUGCAGGAACUUCCUGCUUGUCCGGGUCCAAGAAAACCUCAUCACCUCCAGCUCUGCUUCUGGCUGAAGGUUCUCUGCCUGUCGUCUCACAUCACAGCAACGUGGGGUUUGGACUUUCAUGUUGGAUCCAUCCAAAGCUCUUCCUGACAACCCUCCUCAUGCCUGGACUGGGGAGGGAAACGCAGAAGCUGGAGAGCCAGUGGCUAAAGCUUGAUGGUUACUAUGAAGACAGUUGGACAAUGUUUCAGCCUUUAAGAACAGGACAUGCUUGUUUUAUUCCCUCAGUGUUCCACACUGCGUAUGUAACAUCAUAUUUUUUAUUAAAUGCUCACAGUAAAUGUCUAAAUGUAAAUGACAUUUAGAUAACAAAAAUAACAAUAAUAACAAAUAACAAAAAACACAGAUGUAUGUAUAUGUAUGUAUUCAGAUGUACCAAACACUGGUUUUGAUCACAGAAACAAAUGUGUUUUUUGCUUCGUUAAGUCGACAUUUCAGAAAUGAUCUAGAAAGUGUCACUGAAGGGUCGUGACGGUGUUGCCACAGCUUAUGAAGGGUUCAGCCAAUCACAACGAAGGACUCGUUCAAGCAGUUAUUAGAAAAGGCUGGGUGAUGCACGUUAUUUAUUACAGUGGGGCAAAAACAUAUUUAUUCAGUGGACCACUGGACUUGUUCAAUUAUGUGGAAAAGAACUAUUUGGUCAAUAAAAUUUUUUUUAAAAAGUU